UUUUUUAUUUCCUUCGUAGUUGUGGCUCGCGGUUUAUCAAUCAAAGAAUCAGAAGUCAUCUCCCUGUAGUGAACUUUGUGAAGACAUGAGAAAGAUGCGAGUAAGAAGCGCCUUGAUUUUGACCGCCAUGAUAUGAAGGCUGCUCCUGCUCUCGCCGUUGGCUCUCUGCUUGCCGUGUUCCUACUAUAUCUUGCCACCGUCCGCAUCGUAGACGACCUAUCUCCUCAAGGAUGUCGCAUGUCAUGGAUGUCGCCGUCGUACAUCCUGCAGGCAGACUUUAACACGUCAUGGACGCCGUUGGCGCAUCGUUAUUCGCUGUGGUUGUACCGCGAAGUAGGCUGGCAGUCUAAUCAAGUCGGACAGGGUGUACCAGUCCUCUUCAUACCGGGGAACGCAGGUUCCUCUCACCAAGUCCGCUCGAUCGCGUCGUCUGCUGCCCGGCAGUUCUAUGGCUCGCCUGGAUCUAUCUCUCCAGAGUUCAAGACGCGUACGCUGAAGCCCCUGGACUUCUUUGCUGUCGAGUUUAAUGAGGACCUCUCCGCUUUCCACGGCCCUACGGUCGAAGCCGAGACUGCCUACACGUCCCAAGCCAUAACCUACAUCCUCCACCUCUACCCCCCUGGCACCCAAAUCAUCGUCCUCGGACACUCCAUGGGCGGCAUCGUCGCCACGUCCCUCCUCCCCAGCCCCGACAUCUCAGCCGUCAUCACCAUGUCCACGCCCCACACGCUCCCGCCCGCGCGGUUCGACGCGCGCAUUGACGCCAUAUACGACCGGAACCGACGCGUGCUGGAGGGGGACCCGACCCCGAUCGUCUCCCUGUGCGGCGGGGCGACGGAUAUGAUGGUUCCGUCGGAGUCGUGCGUGCUGCCGACGGUGGAGGGCGCGGGUCCGUACCGGAGGACGGUGUUCUCGUCGGCGCUGGAGGGCGCGUGGACGGGCGUGGGGCAUCGGGAGAUGGUCUGGUGUCACCAGGUUAGGUGGCGCGUUGCGCGAGCAGCGUUAGAGCUUGGGGGCGCGAACACGCCUGCAGGGAAGGCUGCCGUGCUCGAUAGGUGGCUGCGCGAUGGGCAUACGUUGCCGGCUGAGCUGCCUCUGCCAGCCGACUUCACUCUGACUGAGGGGGACUACGACACUCUUCCGACAGGCGCGCCCCUGGUCCUCAAGCAGCCGCGGGGGUCGAAGAUGUACCUGCUUCCCGUUUCCGAGGACAAGCGCCAUCAUCGCUUCGUGCUCUAUGUCUCGCAGGGUUCCAUUUUGCAGGUCUCGCCGCAGAAGCCUCUUCCCUUGCAAGCAUCGGUCUACAGAUGCUCUGCCAACUCCGACGGGACGCUAUCUUCCUGCAGUUCCUUGUCGCCUACCACGCUCAAGCUCAUUCCGAACCCCAUACCUGGAAAGCCUUUCCCAUUGCCGAGCGAGGGGACGGACGAGUCGGAAGGCGUCGUACUGUUCGAGGCCGAAGUUGACUCCGCUGAAGCCGCUUCCCAAUGGAUCGCGGUGAACGUGGAGAACGCGGAUGGACGAGGUUGGGUCGUCAGUGGUUGGGAAGCGUCUGCACCUGUGAUGCACGAUGUUAGCACCCUAGGGCUCGUCUUUGGUGGCGUGGAUGUGGCUCUUCGUGAACCGGAAGCCUUGAAGAGCACAAUCGGACUGCCUAACUUGCUCUCGCAUGCGUUGCUUGUGUACCGGGUGACGCCUCUAGCGUCCCCGUCUGGGUCGUCUUGCAAAGAUCCCCUCCUACCACCGCUACUCAGCCACACUUCACAUGCUUCGGAAACCCACUACUUUCCUCUACGGCCAGGUCAAGAACGCAACGUGCUCUUACACACCCAUCUCCCCGCUCCAUACAUCCACGACCCUCGCCCGCAGCCAGGUAUCGUCCUCAGUAUCUACUCGUCGGGCUCGGAAGGGUGCCAACACGACCUCGCGGGUAUUCAUAUUAGCAUCGACUGGCUGACGACGGUGGGCCGAUGGACGACGCGGUACUUCACGACACUGGCGGCUUGGUGUGUGGCGAUUGUGGCGCUUGCGAUUUUUGCUGCUUGGAGUGAGGCGGAACGGAGUGGAGCCCCAGUAGCUAGCGUACCGUCUUCAUUGGGACACUUUAUCGGCGCCCAUAUCCGCAAGCUUGUCAUGGCUUGCUUUGUUGUCUCCUUGGUUCCUCUCCCGGAGUCGUACUACCUUGGGACGCGUGGUGAACCCUUGUUUGCACCCAUUUCUGUGUUGUUGAUAGCGCUUGCGGGCGGCUUGGUGUAUGUGAGCUGGUGGCUACUGGUCGCGCUUAUGUGGCCGAUUGGGAAGAUAGCAAGGCUGUUGAGCAGACCAACGUCAAGGCCGGAAAAGCAGCGCAUCGGACGAUAUACUGUCCUCUCGAUGGGCCUUGUGUUCAUCCUUAUCACGUUCUUCGUGCCGUGGCAAGUUGCAUAUCUCGGAUGCUGGCUCAUACACCUGUAUACGUGCGCAACCUCACAGUCAUCACCUGUUCGAGCGAUUUCGCCCGCGCUCGAGACUAUAGCCCUCGGAUCCGGAGAUGAAGACGACCGAGCCACAGCGGAGCAGCGACAACGCAAAGACGACCUCAAUCGCCAUAACCACUCGAUGCACAUACUAUUCCUCAUGACUUGGCUGCUGCCCCUCUCUGCACCUGUACUGGUCGUCUGGGUGCGCACGCUGGCCACGGCAGGGCUGACGACACCGUUCGAUGGAGAUCACUUCUUUGGAAACGUCGCGCCUUUCCUGGUGCUGGUCGACUUCGCGUCUUGGACGCGGGGACCGCUGCUUCCACCUCAUCACUUGGAGAAAAAGCUAUCAGUGCGUUGGGCAUGGGUCAUUCUGGCAGGAAUUGCGCUCUUCGUUGGUCCAAGGCGGGCUUACAGCGUAUUCAAUGCUGCAAACGUAAUUGUAGGCCUACUUGUAGUGCUCAGGAUAGGUAGACGCUAUUUAAGGUCUGAGUAGAAAUCCAGUGCUUGGGCUUGUACUC